GCUGCGAUAGCUCACAAUUUGUCUUUUGGGUGGUCAGGUAACUCUCUUGACGAGUCAUUUUCAGCUCUUUGGCAAAAAGUGUUGCUCUUCCUGCAUUGUCAAACCUCGUCAGAUUGAAUCAGUUCGGCGGCUUCUUCUCGCUGUCAAAUCACAAUGUCCGGAAGUCCUGCUGUGAUCAUGCGGCUGGUGGCCUCUUCCUACGCUGUGGCUGAAAAGGCCGGGGCCAUCGUGAGGAAGGUCCUGCACAGUGGAGAACUUGGCAUUGUGGAGAAGACUGGAGCCAAUGAUCUGCAGACACUGGCAGACAGACUCGCACAGCAGAGCAUUUGUGCAUCGCUGUCCAGACGUUUCCCUAAAAUCACCAUCAUCGGAGAGGAGGAGCUUCCAGAUGAGGAGAUAAAGGAGGAUCUCGUUGAAAGUGGUCUCUCAGAGGAAAUCCUUCUCAAGACGUGCCCAGAAGAAUAUAGCCAUCUCAAAGAGGAGGAGCUAGUUGUGUGGGUUGACCCCCUCGAUGGCACAAAGGAAUAUACUGAAGGGCUCCUGGACAAUGUGACGGUGCUUAUUGGUAUCGCACAUGGAGGUCGAGCCAUUGCAGGUGUCAUCCACCAGCCUUUCUACAACUACGAGCUUGGAGCAGGAGCAGCUUUAGGGAGAACUCUGUGGGGGAUGCCAGGACUGGGUGCCUUUGGAUUUAACCUGCAGGAGGUUCCAGGUGACAGACGCAUUGUCACCACCACGCGUUCCCAUAGCAACAAGCUGGUAACGGACUGUGUGGACGCCAUGGAGCCCCAUGAGGUUGUAAGAGUGGGCGGCGCUGGGAACAAGAUAAUCCAGCUUGUUGAAGGGAGGGCUUCUGCAUAUGUCUUCGCCAGUCCAGGGUGCAAGAAGUGGGACACCUGCGCUACCGAAGCCGUUCUGCAUGCCGUGGGAGGUAAACUGACGGACAUGCACGGCAAUGCAUACUGCUAUGACGCCAACGUCAAGCACAUGAAUUCGGCCGGCGUACUCGCAACACUACGAAACCAUGAGUACUAUGUCAGCAGAGUACCACAGUCAGUGCUGCAGGCCCUCAAGUCAGGGUGAGGUCUGUCUAUCUUCAGAAGUCACACCAGUAGCAGACAUUCACAACUCACACAAUCAUUCAACGUUUUAACACUAACGAUCCGUCCACAUGUGCAAAAUCCUUCUUCUAUAUGCUCUGCUCUGGUUGUGUGUCAUGCACUGUUUAAAUAGCCAGAAACAGGGAACAGACUUCAUAGGGUUUCCAUUCAUUUCAAACUAAAUCUCAAAUUGUCAUUAACACACUGAUUCCAACUUGAUCAAUAGAUUACAAUGCAAAACUUACCGGUGGUCGGUAUAAGUUAAACAUUCAUUGAGGAGUUUGAAAUGAUUUACUUGAAUGCAGGUUUGCUUCAUGGAAAUAUUGAUGAGCGACAAUCUUGAGAGUAUUUACUUUGCUGGAUAACUUAAAACAGAUUUCAAUCUUGUUCCUGUAAUGUAAUUAUUCAUUAAUCUUGAAAGAUUCUGGGUGGUGGCUUUUUAUGUAAUAUGUUAAACUUAAUUUUCCAGAAUGUAUUCUGACAUUAAACCCUAUAUGAACUUGUAUAUAUAAAAAAUUGUUUAAAAAUUGUUCAAUUGAAUUUGCUUUAAUAUAUAGUUAUACUUUUCAAACAACUUGUUUUUUUCAGCUAUACUAUACUUUCUUUGCCAUUACAUUUUAAGACCCAUUAUCUUAUGACUUUUCCAUCUUAUGACAUUUCCAACUCUUUUGGCAAUAUUAUAUUACGACUUUUUUCAUAAAUUAUUUCAUAUGAUUUCCUGACAAAAUAUAUUGACUUUUCAGGAUAUUUUAUUGACAAAUGGGAAUAACACCCCACUCCGCUGGUGGAAUCAGGAAUCUUUUUUUUUUUAAAUAAAUAAAAGAUUAAGCAAGUGCACCAGCGAACAGAAAGUGUUUGUGCGUGUUGUGGUCCUUCGUCCUGCCUCCUCUUCGGCUUGCAGGAUCUGGUCCGUGGGAGGAUGAGCCAGACGUUGGCCCGGUGAUGCUUUCCGGUUGCAGAUCACAGCUUCAUCAAGCGGCUCUUUAGCUCUUUAGCUCGUGCAGGGUGCAGGGGAAGAAAAACUCUGGCUCUGCCCUUUUCAACAUACUAUGCUAUGACUUUUUACAGACUUUUAUUGUAUACUUUUCUAAAUUCAAAAUGAUUUUUAAUUCAUUUUUAACUCUCUGUUGAUAUUUUAAAUUCAUUGGUAAUAUACAUUUUUUUUAAACUAUAUACUAUAUAAUUUCCUUUAUCAUUAGCAUUUCUCUUUUUUCUAUAGCGCUUUUGUUGCCGUAUUAUAGGAUUAGUUUUGGCACACUAUACUUUCAUUUUUGACAUACUGAAGGGUUUAUAAGCUUUAACUACUCUUAAAUUACUUUUGACAAAAACUUUGACUUAAUGAAUUACUGGCAACAUUACUUUUUUGCUAAAUUAUCAUUUAUUUUUUUUGACAUAUGCUUUGACUCUGUAUACUAUGAUUUAUUAUGACUCUUUACAUAAUACUAUGCCUUUUGUCACAAAGUUUAUAUGGUAUAUCUUUAAUGUACCUCUGACUUCACUGGUCAAAGUUAGCUACCACUUUUCUGCAGUACUUAAUUAAAGAAAACAGAGCAGGCUCA